AUGGCCUCUGCUGCUUCUUCUUCUUCUUCUCCUUCGGCCUUAAAUGGCGACGUGAAUGCCAGCUCCAAGCUGUCGGGCUCCCCGCUGGCUCGACUCCCCAAAUUGCAUCAUGUUAUCACCUCUCCGUCCAUUGGCGGCCUCCCUUCUGCAUCCUCUGCCUCUCCAUCGUCGUCUUCGCUCCCAUCUACGUCAAUCCCUGCCGCUCCUGCGUCCACGUCGACCCCAACGUCCAGUCCGGCCGUUGCGCCUCGCGGUUCUGCCUCCAAUGCGUCCAGCCCGGCCAGCACCCCUUUCCUGGCGGCGGCUGACAGCUCUCGAGGUCGAUAUCUCCCCCACAACACCCUCGCUUCGCCCGUCCCGCUCGAGCUAGACGAAUCCCCCGACACCAUGGCCGUUCCUGGGAACGCCUCUGCGUCUUCCUCCAACCCUCCCGGUGACGCCGCCGUCGCCAGCAACAAGGGCUCCGGAUUGAUCCGGCGGAUCUCCCGCGGCGCCGCGAACAAGCUGACGCGGAGACGACAGUCGACCUCCCACCACGAUAAGCGCGAUCACAGCUCCGGUCCCGUCAUCAUGCGACGCCGGAGCGACAGCAAGUCCGGCCCGUUCAAUUGUCGCGAGAGUGCCAUGGAUUCCAGUCUGGAGGACGAAGACUUUGAGUCCCUGAACGGUUCUGAGGCGACCAGUAUCAACAGCGAACAUCCCACGCCCUUCUUUCCCCGAGACGUCACGGCGGUGGCCCCCAAGGUCGAUUCGGCUCUCCAGCGCGGCACGGUGCUCACCAAGGUGACCAAGAAGAAGAGCAAGCAGGUCCGGUUCUUCCUCGACCUGGAUGCCGCCAAGGUUUUCUGGGACCUGUCCAACCCGGCCAAGCGUUUCUACAUCGACGACAUCAAAGAAGUCCGCGUGGGCCCGGACGCCCGCAAUUACCGCGAGGAGCACCAGGUGCCCCAAGAGGCCGAGAGCCGUUGGUUCACCAUCAUCUUCGCCGACCCGGAUCGGUCCAAAGGGCGGCCCGUCAAGACCAUGCAUCUCAUCACCCCCGACGAUUACACGCUGGAGCUCUGGACGGCGACGCUCGAACACAUCUCGCGGUACCGGAUCGGGCUCAUGGCGGGUCUGGCCGGUUCCGGACUGAGCGACGCGGUUCUGCGCGCGCACUGGCAGCGGGAGAUGUCGCGACUCUUUCCGCACGGGCUCAAACCGGGCGAAACCGAGUCCUUGGAUCUGCCCGCGGUCGAGAGCUUCGCCGAGGCGGACGCCGCCGGCAAGGGGAAGCUGAACUUCGCCGAGUUCAAGGACUUUCUGGCCCGUCUGAAGGAUCGCAAGGACAUCCAAGCCAUCUAUCGCGAGGUCGCCAGCGACCCGUCCGAAGGCCUCACGCUGCAGGAGUUCCUGGACUUCCUCCGCGACGUCCAGAAGGAGGACGUGGACCGCGACCGCGCCUACUGGACGUCCAUCUUCGAGCGCCUGGUGCGUCGCCGGUCACGGGCGCAGGGCCUGUCGGAGCAGCCCCUCGAGGGUCACGUGCCGCGCAUGACCCAGGACGCGUUUGCGUCGUAUCUGCAGUCCGACGCCAACGGCAUCUAUGCGUCGCACGCGCCUGAAUCCCGGUUCGACCGGCCCCUGAACGAGUACUUCAUCUCCAGCUCCCACAACACCUAUCUGCUGGGCCGCCAGGUCGCGGGCGCCUCGAGCACCGAGGCCUACAUCACCGCCCUGCAGCAGGGAUGCCGCUGCGUCGAGAUCGACUGCUGGGACGGCGCCGACGGCCGGCCGAUUGUCUCCCAUGGACGGACCAUGACGACCAGUGUUCUCUUCUCCGACUGCAUUUCCGUCAUCAAGCGCUAUGCCUUCCUGACCUCGGACUUCCCGCUGAUUCUCUCGCUCGAGGUGCAUUGCAACGCCGAGCAGCAGCUGGCCAUGGUCAAGAUCAUGAAGGACAUUCUCGGGGAACAGCUGGUCUUGGAGCCGCUGAUGACCAACUGCACGAUCCUCCCGUCUCCCGAAGAGUUGAAGAAUCGGAUUCUGGUCAAAGUCAAGACGUGCGAUGAGCCCGAGAGUGGUGAGAGCACGCCCUCCUUCCAUGGACGCAAGCGCAGCUCCAGCUCUCCGUUCGUGCGGAGUUCCGGGUUGGACAGCCCCAGCCUCGCCUCGUGUCCGCCACUCUCGAGUCCGCCGACGAUUGGUCCUGGUGCGGACGGUCCGGGGUCGUCGCUUUGGUUCCCCGGAAGGCGUUCGGCAACGACGACCAGUCUGAGCAGCGCCACGGAGGACAGCGACAGCGCUCUGGUCUCUUCUUCCAAGCGGGAAAAGAGACGGCGCCAACGGAGCAAGAUCACCAAGCAGCUUUCCGACCUCGGGGUGUAUACUCGUGGUUACAAAUGGCAGAGCUUCACUUCUCCCGAGAGCAAGCGAUUCAACCACGUGUAUUCGUUUGCCGAGCGGUCCUUUGAGAGUAUCUGUCGCGACGCGGAGAAUAAAGCGCUCCUGGAAAACCACAACAAACGGUUUCUCACCCGGGUGUACCCGUCUGGUUUCCGUUUGCGGUCGUCCAAUUUCGAUCCCAACUCGUUCUGGCGCAGCGGCGUGCAGAUGGUGGCCUUGAAUUGGCAGACUUACGAUGUCGGCAUGCAGAUCAAUCAGGCGAUGUUUGCUGCCGGGACCGAUCGCACGGGUUAUGUGCUCAAGCCCGAGAGCCUGCGCCGUCCGAGCUCGGCGUUGGACUCGUGGGGGGACAAGAAGCCCAACACCACCGAGCGGACGCUCGUUCGGUUUUCGGUGGAUGUGAUCUCCGCGCAGCAGCUUCCGCGGCCGCGUAGCAUGGGGCCGGACGACAACAUCAAUCCCUACAUUGAGAUUGAAGUGUUCAGCGCCGAUGACCGGGGCCAGUGUGUGGCUUUUGGCGAAGGCGGCCAGAACGUGUCCGCGCGCAAUGGCAUGGCCGGGAUCGGGCUCCCGCAUCGACGACGGACCAAGAUCGAGCAGAGCAACGGGUACAGCCCCAUCUUCAACGAGCGAUUCAAGAUCUCGCUGGAGACGAAGUAUCCCGAUCUGGUGUUUGUCCGCUGGGUCGUGUGGACGUCCCCGGACGGGAAGAGUGCUGGGAGCAACAACUGCAUUCAACUGGCAACCUUCACGGCGAAGCUCACCAGUCUGUCGCAGGGAUUCCGCUAUCUGCCGCUGUACGACGGGAGUGGCGACCAGUAUCUGUUCUCGACGCUGUUCUGCAAGAUCACCAAAGAGAAGCCGGUGCCGGUGCAACGGCUGGAUUUGGACGCGCUGAAGGCGGAGCGGAUGGGGAUCUUCCGGCAGAUUGGCCAGACGGUCUUCAAACGGGCCUUGUCGCUCGAGCGCGAUCGCGACGAGAAACCCUGGCGAAAGGAGGAGCGCUCCGACGACGAUUCCGUCCGAAGCAGAGACGUAUCUCCGGCGUUGACCCCGACCAUCUCGGGAACGUCGACUUCUUCUAUACCACCAUUGAGUGAGCCAUCCAUCUAG